UCGCCAUACGGACACCGCGCAUCGCCUAAACUUUUAGGUGGAUGACGAGCUUCAUUUAUACCACUAGCAAUUCUUGUUUUUAGACAGAGAGUAAGCCUACGUUUGGAGGAAUACGUUCUUUCCGCUGUCAUCUCUAAAUCGUGAGAUCCUCUUACUGAUCAUUUCCGGAGAGUGGGAGUACAUAUAGCAGACAAUUGUAUCCAGAGUUCUUGUAAAAUGGACAAAGCUUGGCCACUUUUUUCACGAGUAGAUGCCCAACAAAACUGAACAACCGAGGUUGAACCGUGCGUCACGAUCAUAUCUGUGAUGAUUUCGGCAUCACUAGAGACUUCACUUUAGUCCAGGAGAACAAGGAAUUUAACAGUUUUUAAGGAAACUACCAGCGGUGGCGAUGGCGUCUCGACCAUCAGGGUUAAAAGCGCCCUCUAAGAUUGCCAAACCGGGAGGGGGCAUACCACGUCCAGGCUCGCUUCAAACAUCUGUUAAAGUUGAAGCUGGUGGUGUCCAUGCAAGCCGAAUCAGAGAUGCAGUCGCCAAUUCAGCCCGGGCAGCCGGUAUGCGACCGUCGGAGGCCAACCAACAUGCGGACAAGACUGUACGAACUGUGAACAAUGGGGGCCCUGCAAAGCAUUCUGAUGAAUUCAUCAUAGGGGACCGCGUCAUCGUUGGGGGCAACAAACAUGGCCACGUCCAAUUCCUGGGCGAGACGCAGUUCUCCAGCGGGGAGUGGGCGGGCGUGGUCCUGGAUGAAGCCAUCGGUAAGAACGAUGGCUCCGUCAACGGCAUCAGGUACUUCCAGUGCGAACCCAAGAAGGGGGUUUUUGCACGGGCGGAUAAGCUGGUGCGAGAGUCUGCGGGCCACGUGGACAGUAAGUCGGCCGUGGGGGGUAUCGCGAGGCAUGUGCCAUCGACGCCCAGGAUGGGCACGAGGGUGUCUUCACCCAGGAGCUCUAUGUCAAAGCCACCGGGUGCCAAACCGGGUCUCAUGAUAGAUGAUAAGCAGGAUCCUGCAGGUCUUAAGGUUGGAGACAGGGUUCUUGUGAGUGGUAGCAAGCUAGGGACCUUGAGGUACACUGGUACCACAGAGUUUGCUAAAGGAGAAUGGGCUGGAGUGGAGCUGGAUGAAGAACAGGGCAAAAACGAUGGCGCAGUGGCAGGGACAAGGUACUUCCAAUGCAAGCCCAAGCACGGUCUCUUCGCCCCCGUCCACAAGGUGUCCAAGGUCCGGGGCAAGAACAUGCCCCGCCUGUCCACCAGCGACGGGCUACAGCAGGGCAAGCUCAGCACCAGCUCAAGUUCUAUCAGCUCCAUGGGAUCCUCCAAUGCCUCCAGCAUCUCCAGGGGGCUGGCCCUCAGCUCCGGCGACCUGGGGUCGUCACCAAGGGGGUCGGUGGACUCCAAGAAGACUCAGCUCCGGCGACCAAGCGAAAGCCGUAUCCCCUCUUCCUCCUCGAAACCGAGGAAAGAGAAAGAGCAAAGCGCCAGCAGCAGCACGGCAGCCCAGCCCUCCACAAAUGGCACCCGCCGGCAAUCCGACUCGGGGUCCGACUCUUCUACAGCCACCUUCUCUGAGUCUGAACCCAUCACCAAAGUCGAGACUGCGGAGUCUUACUCCUCCUUACCCGAGUCUGAUUCUCAGUUGAUAGAGCAUGAGUUAGCCAUCCUGAGAGCACAACACCAACAGUAUGCGCGUGAGAGCGAGGAGUCGGUGGAGAGUCUGAAGGAGCUGGUGGAGUCAGGUGACAGGGAGAAGGUGGAGCUAGUUCAGAGACUAGAGGAGACACAAAGACAAGUUGAUGAUCUUCAAUUCAGGAUAGCAGAGGCCACAAUAACCUCAACAGAUCUUCAGGAGGAGCAUGAGACGGAAUCUCAAAAGUUAAAGCAGCUGUCCUCAAAACUUGCAGCUGAAAGUAAGAAAACAGGCAGCUUGGAAGCAGAAAUCUUAGACUUCAAGAGUCAAAAUGAGGAGAAGGAGUUCAAGAUCGCCGAGCUGGAGAUGGAGGCCUCCACCUACACGGAGCAGAUGGAAGAGCUCCAGAAGCAGCUGGAGGAGACCAGGAUCCACAUGGGCGAGCUGGAGGCAAGGACCAAGGAAGGGGAGAGGACCGGGGAAGAGGCAGAGCAGCACAGGAGGAGGGUGGCCGAGCUGGGGGUGGAGCUGGAGUCGGUCAGAGGGAGCAAGGAGGAGCUGGAGAAGAAGGUCAAAGUCUUGGAUAGUGAAUUGAAGACUGAGAUCGGUCUAAGAGAAGAAAGAGAUGACGAAAUAGCAGAGCUAAGCAAGAAGUUAUCAGAAGAGGAGUCGGCUCGAACCAAACUUGCUUUUGAUGUUCAGGGAUUAAAGAAUGCCUUAUCAGAUUUUGAGAGGAAAUGUCAAGCAAGUGAGGAGAGAUGCAGUCAGUUGGUUGAGGAUAAGAAGAAGCUGGAGAAUGACAUUGCAGAAUUGAUGAAGAAUUCAGGCAAUAGUUCUGAGCAGCUAGUCUUGAUGAAUGAGCAGAUCCGAACAAAAGAUAGGAGAAUAGAGGAGCUCCUAGCCAGUCUUUCCAGUGCCAACCAGAACGUAUCUCGGCUCGACGCCCUCCUCGGCCAAACCAGACAAGAGGCUGACGAGGAGGCGAGGCGGCAGACGGAACAACACCAACAAGAGCUGCAGAAAUACAGACAACAGAUGAAUAGUCUGCAAGCCGAGCUUGAAACGAGUCGGUCCGAGACGAGUAGCAUCCGCGAUGAAAUGCAGAAGGAGAUCGAUACAACGAAGGAAAGACUGGAGUCUGAGCUUGAGACUAUCAGGAAAGAGAAGGUUGACCUUGAGAGUGAGAAGGUCAAGCUUGAUGCUUCUGCCCAGGAGCUUGAAGGUCGUCUGAAGGAGACUGAAGAGAAAUUGCAAGCUUAUGAGGAGGGUAAAGCCAGCCUCGAAGACAACCUCAAGAAGACGACGGGGGAGAGAGAUCGUCUACGAGAGGAGCGGGACCAGGCCCUGGCAGACAAACAGCAGCUCAUCUCAGACAAGGCCGAGCUUGGUCUAAGACAAGACGAGGCUGACCUUAAGCAGAGACAGGUCCAGGACCAGCUGGACAGAGAGUCUCAGGCCAAGAUCGAAGCCAUUAAGACAGCGGAGGAAACCAAAGCCAACGUCGAGAGGGUGACCUCAGAGCGAGACAGCGCUCUCAGGGACAGGACGGAAGCCUUAGCCCAGGCCCAGGAGCGAGAGAUGAAGCUAGAGACCAAGUCCCAGGAGGCCGAGACCCUCCGCAAGGAGCGCUCCGAGGCCCAGACUCAGGUGCAGGAGCAGCUCACCAAGCUGGAGACCCUGGGGAAGGAGCUGGAAGGGCUCCAGAAGGAGAGGACUGAGACAGGAAGCCGGGUCCAUUCGCUGGAGGGAGACCUGGACCAGCUCCGCAGGGAGCGGACGGAGCUGGUUGCUCAGGCCCAGGAGUGCACCAUCAAGGUGGAGACCAGGGAGAAGGACCUGGAGGGCUUGAAGAAGGAGCUGGAGAGACAGAGAGAAAAGGAGGAGCUGUUGGCUAAAUCAUCGAAGGAAGGAGAACAGACUAUGACUCAACUGCAAACACAAUUAAUCGAGAGGGGUCAGGAUCUUGAAUCCUCCAGGAGUUUAGUAUCCGAGCUAGAAAACAAGUCUUCCAUGUUACAAGCACAGCUUGAAGAACUCAAGAAAGAGUCUGAUCAGAAACUACAGCAGGUUGAACAAAGUUUAUCCGAAGUCAGGGCUUCUAUGGAAACCGUAUCCAAGGAGAAGGAAGCAUUAUCAGGAGACCAGUCGUCACUUGGGACUCAGCUCCAAGAACGCAACCAGGAAUGCUGCAGAUUAAACGAAGAAAUCAAGACUCUUAACGAGAAGAUGGACACUUACCAAAAUCAAUUUAUAACUAUUGAAUCUUCCAUGUCGCAUGAGAAAUCCUUGUUAGAGGAUGAAAGGACUAAACUGAGUGAUCAGGUUAACGAGAAGGAAGCGGAAAGCGCCCGGCUCCAGGGGGAAGUCUCCAGCCUGAAGGAGCAGGUGUCCAGCUACGAGGCCAAGCUUGGGGUCCUGGACUCACUGAGCAAGGAGAAAGCCGAGGCGGAGGAGGAGAGGGUGAAGUUGGAGGGUCGGGUCCAGGAGAAGGAGCAGGAUACGGAGCAGCUCCAGGAGGAGAUCAGGAGCUUGAAGCAGCAGGUGGAGAGCUAUGAGACUCAGCUCAGUCUAGCCAAGAAAUCAUCCUCAGAGGGAGAAAACAAUGUGGGAGCACUACAAGCUCAACUGGCUGAAGCAAGGCAUUGCCUCACGAUGGAGCAAGAGAAAGUGAACAAGUUAGAGACUGAUAUGAGCAACACACAGCAGGAUAUAAAUGCAUUACAGAUGGCUGGCAAAGAGAAGGAAAUGUUGGAGCAGAAGAAUUCAAGCCUCUCAAGUGAACUCCAGGUGCUGCAGUCUGAGUUUGAAUCAAGGAUAGUAGAUUUUGAGUAUGAGAAGGAAUCGCUCCAGAGCGCUUUGGGUAUGACAAACACAAUGGUGGCACAGAACAAGAAUGAACUGGACAGAUGUAAACAGGAGAUUGCCCAAUACCAGGGUGAGAGUGCCUUGGCCAGCAGCUACAAAUCCACCAUCGGUGAGCUAGAGAAAGAUAAGAACAGUCUUCAGCAGCAGGUCAGUGAUCUUCAGACAGCCUUGGUCUCAUCUCAAAGCUCACCGUCCUCACAGAUAGAUGUAGAUAUGGAUGGAGAUCCAGCUAUAGCUAAGAUUCAAGAAGACAAGGAGAUGGCAGAGGGACAGGUAACAUUCCUAAACUCUGUGAUCGUCGACCUCCAACGCAAGAACGACGAGCUCCGCGCCAGACUUGAAGCUAUGGAGACCAGCUACAUGAAUGGAGACCACGAUGAUAUUGGAUUUGAUGUCGAUAUGGACUCCAGCACACACGGCCCGCCUCCACGUCUCUUCUGUGAUAUCUGCGAUGUCUUUGACCUGCACGAGACCGAAGACUGCCCUCUCCAGGCCAGCUCUGACAGUCCGCCGGCCACCCAGUAUCACGGCACGCGCACUGAAGUGAGGCCGUACUGCGAUAUCUGCGAAGUUUUCGGCCAUUGGACAGAGAACUGCGAUGAUGAGCAGACAUACUAGCGUCUCGGCAAUUCGUGAGGAUGGAAGUCCUCAUCCAAAACCUCAAUCAGUACUUUCCAUAUCCUGUCCCUUGGACCGAUUCAACAUGAACAGUGUCCCACAUUCUAGUGCUGGAGAUGAUGGUAUGGCAGACAUCCUCAAGCAACGGAUUAUGGUCUUAAAACGCUUCUCUGAUCAUGUGACAUCGCUGGAUAGAGGUUGCUUUACAUCGUAUGAAGGGUGGGAGUUCUUGUAUAUGCACUUGAAGGUGGUAUUUAUGUACAGGUUCCUAAAUACAGGUGUUUACGAAAGCUUUUGUGGAAGGGAAAUAAAAGAUGUGAUCUCCAUUGACAGGGGGUCUUCCUAUACAGGUAAUCGCUAAAUCAGAUUUGCCUGUAUACAGAUUCAUUGAUCCUUACUAUUUGAUGGAGAUGAACGUAGGAUGGGAAAUUGGUGUAUUGAAAAUCAGCAAUGUGCGGUCAUUAAUAAGGUGUACCAGAAGAAGUAAGACUUUCUGGAGAAGAAUGUGUCCAUGAGCCAGGACUGACAUUCAAGUCUAGGUCCUGGAAUGAAUUAUGAUUGGUCUGGUUGAUCAGGGUCUGUUCUAAUCAGUCGUAGAACAUUCAAGCCUCACUCAGAUAUGGCGUGGUAAAACCUGCAGCGCUUAACAAAAAAUUGAUGACGUCACAUUUCUGUAUCUCGUAACACACAAGCUCAAUGAAUACGUGGAGGACUUUUGUUGCGCGCAGUCGCCCUUCAUGUACAUGUAAGAAAAAAAAUUGGCGUUUUGUGGCAGCGGUUUACAGCGUUAUACAGUGUUAUAUCUGAACGAGGCUUUGCUAGGUCCUGAUUUCUACACCCCUGCGCUGGCGGCUAGACAAGCACAACAUAAGUAACGUCUUACAUACCCGAGUUGUUUCUCAGAUGAUGGUAUACGUUUGGGUAAGUUUUAUUUGAUCAGAUUGUAAUAUUUCAAUACCCUGUAUGCUCCUACAAGAAAAUACAACAUAUAGCCCCGAGGGGACUCGGAGGGAGAGCAUGUAGGCAUCAAGAAGUGUGUCAAAUGGAGGGUUGAUUGACUCAAGACUCAAGAAACGGAACAGGGUUGAAGUGACUUCAAGUUGUAUGUGCAGCACUCACUGUGCUCUUUGUGUGUUGGAGGUCAUAGGUCGAUGUACCGAAGGAGGAGUUGAUUUCAAUAUCCAUAACAUUUCUUAUACAUUAUAAAAUGUGACUAGAAAGCUUACUGAGUGUUACGAUGCUACUGACACUGUACAAAAAACCUCCUUCAGCCUUUCGUGUACAAUGCAAAUUUAGGAAACAGAAAUGCAGAGAAAUAUUGAGACGAUGUUCAUUCUUUUUGUUGUUGCUUACCGUCCUAACAGUAUAUAUAUCUAUAGAUGGCAUGAUACUGUACGUUCGACUCUAACCAGUAUUAGACGCUGCUGUUUUAUGGCGUUGCGUGGCAUUGUGAAAUGUCUCACAAUUUUUAUGCACCUUUCUUGCAAUAAAUAUCUCCAAAUAGUCUUACUCUUCUAUGAUAGCUUUUUUUCAGUGUGUAAUGUAAGACCUUGAUCAAAUCACUGUUUGUAGGCUAGAGAUUUAGAAUGCACCACUGCAUGAACAGUUCUAGCGAUGGUAAAUUUUGCCAUCAAAGUUAUAUCUCUUGAACCAGUCAAGCAAUAUCUUACGGAUUCCAAAUCAAAACCUGCUUGUUGAUUGUGAUUGGUAGGGAGGAUUAACUGUCUACUAAGUUUGAUUUUCAAAAAUUACAAUCAAGUGUUAACGCUUUAUGAGAGAGGCCACUUCCAUAUUAAAAUAUGUGAUUGAAAGUAACUCAAGAAGUUAAGGUAUUCUAUGAUUCUGUCUGGUUGAAAUUCGAUUUGAGUUAGAAUUUGAGAGUUUUUGCAUUUCAUCUCAUCUUUUAUGCCAGAGGCUCAAUGACUUUAAAGAAUUAAUCCUUUUUUCUAUGCAUACAUGUGAUCGGUCAAAGAUCACAUCAAAUUUGUUUUCCUUUGAAGCCUGGCUGUCAUUCAAAUUCCAUGAACACUUUAUUAAAAGAAAUAGUAUGUCAGUACUCGAGCUUUGUAGCAUUGUCUUAUCCAGUACUUCUCAGAUACCCCCUUGUUGAAAGUCAGUAGACUCUCCGAAUGAAUUUGGCCUUGCUGCCUUGUGAAUGUGUAUUGUUCCGCUAGAGAUCAUAUGAGUGUAUUUAUUUGAGAUUGUAUCAGAAGAUCAUUGAGCUUCAGGAGCUUGGAGCCUGCUGAUAGUCUGAAUGUGCUUCUCCUCAUCUUGUUUUGUUAAUUUCAGGAAGUGUGUACACUGUAGAUCAUGUGAUCCUUCAUGUGACUGAUGUGAUCCACCAUGUGAUUGAUCAUAUGACUGAUAAUGUGAUCCAUCAUGUGGUUCAUCAUGUCAUUCAUCAUGUGAUCCAUCAUGUGACCGUUCAUGUGACUGAUGUGAUCCACCAUGUGAUUGAUCAGAUGACUGAUUUAUGUGAUCCAUCAUGUGAUGUAUCCUGUGAUCGUUCAUGUGACUGAUGUGAUCCAUCAUGUAAUCCAUCAUGUGGUUCAUCAUGUCAUGUCAUCAUGACUGAUGUUAUCCGACAUGUGAUUGAUCAUAUGCUCCAGCAUGUGAUUGAUUCAUCAUGUGACUGAUUAUGUGAGCCAUCAUGUCAUUCCUCCUGUGAUGCAUCAUGUGAUUGAUCAUAUGACCGAUUAUGUGAUCCAUCAUAUGGUUCAUGGUUCAUCAUGUGAUUGUUCAUGUGACUGAUGUGAUCCACCAUAUGAUUCAUCAUGUGAUUCAUCAUUGCUUGUAUCUCUGCUUGCUGUGUUAUCAUUAAUCAUGCUUGAAUUUUGUAAUAAUGUUGUUAUAUGCAUCGAUCACUCCCUUUAUUACCAUGUGAAGAAUUCUUGUUUUUAUCGUAAGUAAUCUGAAUUUAAACCUUACAUCGAAUGAUUGUAAUAUUUUUGUUUAAAUGUUUUGAUGAGAAUCUUGAAAGUGAAAUGAAAUAUUAUUAAAGAGAUAUAAUUCUAAACAUACGUUUGUAUCAAGGUGUACAUAUAGUGUUUACAAAAUUGUAAAUUAUUUAUAGCACAGUCUAUGUAGAUGCAAAAAUUAUGUAUGUUGAUGGGAUAUUUUAUGUGAACGUGGGUUUGUAGUACACAGCUAGGUAUUUCUUUACGUUGUACAUGUCUGUAGAGUCUUUAAUUUGAAUGACAUAGUAUAUGUCUAUUGUAAUUUUACCACAGUAUCUGUUGUACAAUUACAAAACGAAAUAUCAAGUCAUGUGUACCACGACUAAAGGGUUGUUUGUUUUUUUGUCUGUAUGUACUUUAGGAUAUACUUUUACCUUGCUGUUCAAUAUCAUGGUUUAUUCCUUAGGGAAUGCAACGCGAUACUGAUUAAUAAUUUGGCAAAUCCAAGAUGAUUGUAUAUUCAUAUACCAAGAUAUCGAUCAUGCCCCUUACACUAGAGAGUUUACGGGAAUACUAAAUGGAGAUAGACAUUGAAAGUGUCAUUUUACUUGUUCUUCUGGAAUGCCAACUCUGAGGUCCAUGUCAAUUUCUGUCAACUAUUCUGGUAAACUCUGUUCAGAUUGGGAUAUAAUAUGCAUUUAUCUUGGACUUGCCUACAAGUUUCUCUCUUUGCUUCAGUGGAGAAAAGAAAGACUUUCAAUUGAUUCAUAUGCCUCAUUUAUGUUACUUUCGUCAGUUUUGUAGGACGUUUAUUUCUUCGUAAAAUGUAUCUCAUGGAAACAAAAAGGUGUGCCUAUUUAAAUUAUACCAAAACUAACUCCUUGUUGUAAGCUUGAAACCAGCUUUGAGUGGCUAUUAAACGUUUUUUCUUGCAUUGCUUUGAUCAUUUAUAAGAUUUUGCUUCCUAUUUAUCUAAUUUUGUUUAUACAUGUGUCUCUCUCUAAAAAACUUCAAGUGCUUUUUUAACAGUCAAGGUGUUAGUUAACUGAGUUUUCUUAAAUGAACCAAAAGCUAUGUGUACUAUAUGCAUCAGUGGAUAUUGACAGCCCUCGGUAUAAUUAUGAAUAUUUAUGUCCAAAUUUAGUUUAUGACUUGCAGGAAAGUGAUUUUGAUUAAAUUUAUUACCAGUGUACACAUAUUUCUCAUUAGGGCAGACAGAGAAGAGAAAUAUUGCAAUAAAAUUAUCUUCGGCAAGUUUGCCGAAGUAAGUAUUUUCUGCCAUUCAAGUACCGGGUAUGCAUGAAUAGAAACCGUAUUUGUGUUUUUGUCUUUACAACUUCAUUGAUGGUUUUGAUACUCUUAACUUGCCAAUCAAUGUCAUUUCAUAAAGUUGCCUUUAAAACUACUCAACUUUGUUUUUACCGUGUAAAUUGGCAAUGCAGUAGCAGUAAAGAAUUGAUGACAGAAUUGCUACAAUGUUUAUAUAUUAUAUGCUAAGUGAGCAUUUACAGUGUAGUAGUCAUUCUAAUAAAUUAAUUUGGUAUUUUAGUUUAGACUUAAAUGACCGUAUGAUGUACAUGUUUCAAGGCAUCGUUUAGAUGUCCUGACAAAUGCUUCUGAAAAGUUUUCAUGAACAAAAAAACUUAUUUGGUUAAAGUUAUUAAUCAUCUACUGCACAAGCUAUCAAAGAUUGACGUCAGACAAUGCUUUUCAGUUGAUAUACAUGAUUUUUAACAGAUUCCUUCUACAAUCCACAUAAUGUAUCACAAUUUAUUUAUUUUGAGAUUAUUUAAUGCUGCACAUUUUGUCAGAAAGCAACAAUGUUUCCAUUCAAACAACGACUAGCUCAUAGGACUGUCAUAUUUGCAUAAUUUUGUUCUUUUUUAGGAAAAGUUUUGAGAAAGAAAUUCAUAAAUCCCAUUGUAUUUAUUGGUAGAGACCUAUUCCUAACACUUUAAUUUAUUUGUUUUAAUAAUUUGAUGUAAAUGACUUGUUAGCUGCUUUAAUAGAAAGCUACUACAUGUAGGAGGCAUAGAAAGUUCAUGCAAUCUGUGUUUGUUUUAAAUACUCAUGUUGCAGAUUUUAUGUAUAUUGAUCUAAUAGGUUCAAACAAUGUUUGUACUGUCCAAUCUAAUGCAUCGAUUUAUGGGGAGAAGGAUAUAUGGGACUUUUACAUUUAUUGCAAAGUGUUCUUUGAGAUUUUAAUGGAAAUAAAAUACAUGAAUCUUGUUUGCAAA